AUGCUGCGCUGUCUCUGCGUCGUUGUCGUGGUCGUUGUGUUGCUACCGUCGCCGCCGAUCCUCGCCAGCCCGAGGCUAGCCUUUGCCAACGAGUCGGUCCUCUUGUUCCCGCAACCAACGAGUGUCUUUCAGUUCACCAUAGGGGUCUCGGUGCCGAUCGUCAUGAGCAAGAAGGGUGGCAUCGUCUUUUCGGUCGGGUUUCAGUUCAACUACGCUCUACCGAUGAACCUGAGCCAACUCGAGCCCAUGGUCAUACACGCGCGCGCCGACGAUCCGACGCAACUGAGCUUGGCACACGUUUACGCCUCGAUCGAGGGACUCUUGGAGAGGUAUGGCUGGAGGGAGGGUAGGUCGUGCCUGCUGAGGACGAUCUGCGAGCUGGCCGACACGCCGAUCGAUCGAACCGGCACCGACAUCGUCGAGGAGAUCAUCCAUCUGCUUCUGACGCCAUCCGAGGACGGGAGCAAUGGUCAUGGCUGGACCGACGAGGCGAGGCUGUACGAGGAGGCCGAGUGGCUGGGCAGCCAAGGGGGCACCUGCUCUACGGCCUACAGAGAUUGCGUCAGCUCGCCCCUGGACUACAUUACCGAGCUUGCGGCUUUCGGCUGA